UUCUCCCUCAUGAAAAACCCUUUUUUAUUUUUUUUUAUACCAAACAACUUCGAUCUUCGCAAACCCAUUAAAAAACCCAUAAGGCCACGCUUUCUCCGCCGCAGCCGCCACCGCCGCCGCCAUUCUCUCGCAUUGUAAUUCUGCUGGUUUUUUUUAGUCGAGGAAGUGUUUGAAGCCAUUUUAGUUCUUGAUCAUCACGCCACGCCGCGAUAGAUGAAAAAUCUUUGUCCGGCGACCGGCGCGGACUAGAUAUUGCAUUGAGGCGUCGUGGAUCGUGUUUUUUUUUUUUUUCUUAUCCUCUGGCGUUUCGUCUGGAGUCUCCGUCGUCAUGGCUGGAAGCGGUAGGAGAAAGCUGCUGAUUAAUGAAAGAGUCGAGGUGAAGAGUCAGGAGGAUGGAUUUUUAGGUUCAUGGCACUCUGCUAAAGUGAUUGGUUGGGAAAAUUUUCUUCGCCUGGUUAGGUAUGAUUACAUUCUGGAUGAUGAAGAGUACUGUAAUCUGACUGAAGAAGUUAAGGUUAGUGCUGCUGUUGAAGGGAGUGUUACAACUGAGCUUGUUGAGCCAGGUGAAUGUAAGGGCUUGAUAAGGCCUUUGCCACCUCCGAAUGUUCGGGAGCUGCCACAGCCGCAUUUAAGAUAUGGACAAUGUGUGGAUAUGUAUCAUAAUGAUGCAUGGUGGGAAGGUGUCGUAUUCGAUCAUGACGAUAAAUGUGAUAGAAGAAAGAUUUUCUUCCCAGAAUUGGGGGACGUAUGGGAUGCCACGAUGGACCUGCUGAGGAUCAGCGCAGAUUGGGACGAGGUCACUGGGGAGUGGAAGCCGCGUGGCAACUGGUUGUUGAUCGAAGUAGUUGAGGAACUAACGGUAAAGCUGCCUUUGCCGAAGCUGACAUCACUGCAACAGAUUUGGUUUGAUGUCAGGUUGAAGGAUGAUUUCGAGAAGCUUGGUGAUUGGUGGACAUCUUCAGGAAGACAGAUUUGGGAAGAAUUGGUGUUGCAGGUUUUAUUGGAUAGUUUUCAAAUAACUGCUAAGCAAUUCCUGAAAUCGAAUCAUUUGGGGAGCUCAUCGAAGCCUCUGUAUCUGAAAUUCUCUAAGAAGGCUUUAUAUGAAAUUCUGCAGAAUAGAGGAAUUUUUUAUAAUAGUUCUCUCGCACUUGUAUCCUCUGAGGAGACUGCGCCAUUCUACAGUGAAGGAAAUUCAGCACCUAAUCUGAAUGAUGAAGGCCAUUUCCAGGUUCAAGAACGUAAUGAUCAGGCCUGUCCAGCCAUGGUUGCCUCUGAGCAAGCUCCAUCCCCUUCUGGCCCUGCUUUGCCAAACUUAACUAACAGUCCAGGUGAAGGCGCCAUAAUUGGUUCUGAGCAUGGGGUUCAAUCUCCUAACCGGAGUUCUAAAUUGCCACCUAAGAAGUACGAGUAUUCAACUAAUAAUCGUCAGUGGCUCUCAAUUGUUUCCCGGUCAUAUUCUGCAGAGUGUUGCCCUGAUGCUUAUAAUGAAUGUAAAGAGGUGAUGAAGUUAAAUAAACGGCCUUCGGAUGAUGUGAUGUCGAAUACUAAGAAGCAUUUACUAUACUUGGGCUGGAAAGUUGAAGUGCUGAAUGACAAGGGGAGAUUAAGAUACCGUUACUUUUCACCAGAGAAUGAAUUGUUUUAUUCACUUCGUCAAGUGUGCCUAAAGUUUGAUUCCCAAGGUCAGGCCUCCGGACCUGGAUCUCAAAAGAAAUCGAGAAAGGACAAGAUUGGUUCUGUGACUUCACCUGAAGCAGAACUUCCACCUUCACUUCCUGAAAACCAGGAAUGUUCCAGAGAGUUAUCAAAGUCAUGCAAUUCUCUUGGUGAACAGAUUCUCAUCGAACCUGAAUAUUGCCCUGAAGCAGUUUACGACUACGAUUUAUACUCUAAAGAUAAUAAGCACCCUGGCUCUGAAGCAAAGUUGAAACUUCUGAAAGCAAAGAAACACUUAGCUUCUGUCGGUUGGACUUUUUCUUUCAAAGUGAAGGGGGAAAGGAGGGAGUUGAGAUACAGAGAACCAAACGGACGGACCUUUUCCUCCCUUGCUCAAGCAUGCAGUUGGUGUGUGAAAAACUGGUCUAGCACUUCCAGGGAGCCCUCUCCUUCUGUAGGGAGAAUUGGAAGUGCAAAUGCAGAAACUGACAAUGCCAUGCGUGCUUCUGAAUCUCCUCUUCCAUUGCCUACUGUGGGGUCUGGAACUUCUGUGGAGGAGCCAAAUGUUGAUGCUUCAGCAUCAGACAGAAUUUUGAGGAAGAAGGGAAAGGAUGGUAAAUCACAUCACAUUGAAAGAUCAUUACCACCCAGGAGAAGAAGGAAGCCCCGUGCAUUACUGGACGCAGCUGAAGAUGCAUUAAUGGAGACAACUGAAGAUAUCCAAGCGUCUUGCUCAACUUCUGCACAGAGAUCAAGUAAAAGAGUUAGGAUUGCUGCUACACCUGAGAAAGCUCCGCAAACAGUGUUGUCUUGGUUGAUUGAUAAUCAUGCUGUGCAACCAAAAGCAAAAGUUCGGUACCAUAGGAAGCUUAAUGACGUUCCGCUGAAAGAAGGCCGAAUACUGAGGGAGGGAAUCAUGUGCAGUUGUUGUAAUAGAAUCUAUUCUAUUAGUGAGUUUGGAGCACAUGCUGGAAGCAAAGCCCAAAGACCUGCAGCGAAUAUUUUCUUCGAGGAUGGUAAAUCCUUACUGGAGCAUCAGAGGCAGCUCAGCCAAAAGAGGAAGAACCAGCAGUUGCGAUCAGAGUCAUUUGAGAGGGAAGGAUCGCAACAUCAAGAAAAUGACAGCAUAUGUUCUAUCUGUCAUGAAGGAGGUGAUUUACUCCUCUGUGAUCAAUGCCCCUCUUCUUACCAUUUCUCCUGCAUUGGCUUAAAGGGAGUUCCAGAUGGUGAUUGGUUCUGUCCAUCAUGCUGCUGUCAAGUUUGUGGGCUUUGCCGAUUGGAAAGGAAAGUUGUAAGAAUUCCAGCCCCUGCCCUCAUUUGCACCCAGUGUGAACACAGAUAUCAUGCUGAUUGCCUUGAAAAUAAUGAAGUUGUGAACGCACAUGGUCGUCCUGAAGGACAGUGGUUCUGCCGAGACAGUUGCAAACAGAUAUUUGAUGAUCUUCAAAAGAUUUUGGGGAGACCGAUACCUGUGGGGGGCGAAAAUUUGACCUGGACGUUAUUGAAAGACAUGAAAUCCGAUGAUGGGCGCUCAGUAGAGUACUCGAGCAAGCUUAAUGUUGCCCUCUCUGUGAUGCAUGAAUGUUUUGAGCCAGUCAAAAUACCCGGUACCCGCAGGGAUCUUGUGGAAGAUGUUAUCUUUGGUAGAUGGUCGAAUCUACCCCGGCUAAAUUUCAAAGGGUUUUAUACCGUGCUGUUGGAGAAGAAUGAUGAAGUAAUUUCGAUUGCUUCAGUGAGGAUAUUUGGGGAGAAAGUGGCGGAAGUCCCUCUUGUUGCGACACGGUUCCACUUCCGUCGACUUGGGAUGUGUCGGAUCUUGAUGAAUGAACUUGAAAAGAAUCUCAUGGAAUUAGGAGUGCAGAGGCUUGUGUUGCCUGCUGUCGCGGGUGUGCUGAACACCUGGACCACGUCAUUUGGAUUCUCGGUGAUGAAUCAAGCCGAGAGACAAAAAUUGCGUGAUCAUAUCUUCCUACACUUCCAGGAUACUAUAACCUGCCAGAAAAUGUUAGGAGGCUUAUCAACCCCAUGCACAUCUACAGGAACUGACAAUGCCGGACGCGGCCAAUCUGAAAGUCAUCCCGUAAUGGAGUUAGUUGGGAACUGCACUGAGAUUGGACUCUCUGAGCGAAAGUCGAAAAGGGGUGCUAAGCGCGGGGCAGGUGUGGUAGACAAUGAGGAUAGAAAAUGCUCGAAUGAGGCCGGAUCUGUGGUACUUGAUACUCUUGUUCGACACAGUCAUCUUUUAAUUGCUCAUUUACGUAAUAAAUCUCCAUCUUGGCAGGGUUCUGAUGGACAAUCGCAGCCAAACAAGAACGUUGGUCUCACGAAAACCAUACCUGUCCAAGCUGUAGUUUCUCCCAACUACCCCAAAGGUAGUAGUUCCCAUGAUGUACCAACCCGGGCGUCGAGUGAGAGCGUUUUAUGCUACAAGCGUAGGAAGCAUUCCACCCGUUCCUGCUGAAGCACUCAUCGCCAAAGGUACUCAUUUUCGGAUUUUUUAUAUAUAUAAAUAUAAAAAAGAAAGAAAGAAAGAGAUCAUUUGGGCAGCUAGAUACAAGUACAAGCAACUAUUAUGGUUUUGGUAAUUACAUGAGUACAGAUGAGAUGGAUUUUUUUUUUUUUUUUUUUUUUUUUUUUUUUUUCCCGGGCUAUGGUCGCCCCGGCAUCCUUAUAAUUCUGUGUGUGUGUUGAGAAAGAUUGUUCUGAAUUGGGAUUCAUUUAAAAUAGAGUGUAUGUUGUCUUAUUGGAAUGAUGUUUUGAUGCAAAUUGUAGCUUAGAAACAUGUGUAGACUAGAAGUAAGAUUUUAGGAGUUGUUCUGAUUUCAGAUUCGUUUUAGUAAUUAGUAGUAAUGGAAGAAAUGACUAGUUUGCUGAUAUUGUUUUGUUUGGAUUUGCUUUGCUCUUGGAUCAUCAAUCUGUCUGUAAUAAUAAAUAAUGAUAAUAAUAAAAUACAUUAUACUAAAUGAUUGAAUAUAAAUAAUAAAAAGAGGAUUGACAUAUUAAGAUCAUUUGAAGACAUAAUGUCUCAAUCUAUCACGUCUUGGAAAUUUCAAAAGUUUGUUUCAAUAUUUCGAAAUAUUUUCAAAUAAAAUUAGUUAAGGUAUGAAUGAUUUCCUUUUUAAUUUUUUGAAUCCUGAAUCCAAAUCUUUAUCUUCUACAAGCUCUCGUAUCCAAUGACAAAUUCUUUUGAACAAUGAACUCCCUAGUGUUAGAGAUAUUUUAACUAUUUAUAUUAAAAUUCUAUUAUUUUAUUUAUUAUUUGAGUUUAUUGACUAUGCAUUUAUGGGUCCUUGAAUUUUAUUAUUAAUUAUAUACAUUUUUGAAACUCUGCCAAAAUGUAACAAAUAGGAGUAUUAUUUAUAAUGCACCAUACAACAAAAUUAAACAGAAUCUCAAACAAUGAAAAAUAAAUAACAAUAAUUUAAUAAAUAUCAAGAAGUAAAUAUAAAAAUAAAAAUAAAAAUGAAAUAUGAAUGAUAUAGAUAUAUAUAACAAUGGAUUUUAGCUGUGAGAUGUAGAAAUACACACGCAGCAACGCAACACUACACAACAUUGGAAUAUUAAUAUUAUAUAUAGAUCCAAACCAUCAAUUAAUUCAUUCAUUUUAGGACCAAAAGAGAACACGUCCCAUCAAAUCAAAUGGAUAAUAAAAUUACUACUUAUAAUAAUAGACGAAUGAAAGGAUGAAAAUAUUAAGUGACUUAUUAUUCUAUCAGUUGGAUAAUUAUUGGGUGGAUUGUGACAGCAAAUAUGAAAAUGAAAUUACAAUGUAAUAACUAUUAUUAUUAUUUGAAUACUAUAAUUUAUUACAAUAUUACAGACCUUUUAUUAUACGUUGCCAAAUCCAAAUUGAUGUGUUCAAUUGUUUCUUGCUUUGCAAAAUUCAAGUGGAAGUCAUCCUCUUAUUUUUUAUUUAUUUCAUACUAAUACAAAGAGUAUAUAUAUGAUGUCUGGAUAUUUGUACAAUAGAAAUUAUUUAACGAGUUUAAAUAUGACUAUUUUAAUUUUCUUUUUCAUUAUUUAUUUAUUUUAAAGAAAUGACAAGAUAGUGUAGAGGUGAAUUUCGGUCAUAGGUUUACCCAAAGGCAUUCAAUGAGUGGGUUCAAAUUUCCGAACCAUAAAUUUAUCCGAAGCGUGUUCGAUGAUAUGAAUUAAAAAAAUAAAUAAAUAAAUAAAGGAAACAGAAUUUAGUGUUGUCGUUUUCACAAAUCAUUUAUUAAUGUACUGCAACUGACACUUUAUUGAUAUGUAUAUGGUACUACUGACACUGUUAUUCACGGGCAACUUUUCAUCACACAACCCAUUCAAUUUUUAUUUAAUUACAAGACUACCAAAUAAUAAUAAAAGAGAAUGGUAUAUUUGAUUUGUUUUUGAACAUUAGUCAAUAUUUUACAGAAAAAAUAAUAUAUGUUGUUGUGUAAUUAAAUUAAAUUAAAUCUGAAAACGAUAGUAA